AUGGACAGCAAACGACAUCGUCUGGAGUCCUCCAGUGCAGGAGUACGGCCCAUCGCUCAUGCGCCCUUUUCCGUGAUCUCUUCAACAAUCAUAUUGGCAGCUUUUGCUACUAUUCUUGGAACGUUUUUUUGGUCUCUUAAGUCUGAUACAGGUCAUGACAGAUUGACCUUGCUAACCGACCCACUGGAACCUGAUGCGAUAUCGAAAAAGGACAUUCUUUCGCGCUGCGCUAGUCUCCAAGUUAUUCCGAGCCCUCCAGCUGGCUUUCGCUCAAGGGAGAAAUCUGAUCGGUUUGAGGACGGAACGAAUUCGACUUGGAUUCGAAAUGCUGUCAUUUUCACGGGAAAAGAUAACGGAACGGAGAUAAUCCACGGGGAUCUUCUCCUUCACAAAGGGAUUAUCAAAGGCAUAGGGAAAAUUUCCGGUCGCGUUCUUGAUGAUAUUCCGAAUCUUACAGUCGUGAAUGCUAGUGGUGCAUGGAUCACCCCUGGAAUUGGUACUGUAACGACCAAUUUUAAGAAAUGCGUAUUAUUGAUUUAUUUGUACAUGGCAGUUGAUUUGCACAGUCACCUUGGAGUUCUGAGCCUUCCUAUUCUCGGAGGUAAAUUCAUAUUUGUUGCUCUCGUUAUCUGCCCUGACGUAUUCUUCACUGUAUUAGGCGCUGUAGAUUUGAAUACUCAGAAAGGGCCUGUCGCACCGUGGCUGCGAAGUGCUGAUGGUCUUAAUACUCAUGAUGAAGCAUAUCAAUUAGCUAUUGCUGGAGGAGUCACCUCCGCACAGAUAUUGCCUGGAAGUAGCAAUGCCAUUGGUACAUUGUGCCCAAUUUGUUCAUUAAAACGUCAAUUUACUUUUGAGAGCAGGUGGUCAAGCCUUUUUUAUAAAGCUUAG